AUGCAAAAUCUCCCGUGGGGACUUAUAAUAUUCAGUGGAUGUGUGAUAGUGUACGUGGUGUUUCUGGGAGUCGCUACCUAUUCCUCAUCUAUCGCCCCUGAAGCAUCGUCAUACGGUGUUUAUCAAGCACUUGUGGGAAAUGUCCCGAAAAAGUUUGAGAAUGAUAGCAGUUUCUUUACUGAAAAUAAUGGAGAUGAAGACUCGUGGAAUAGGUGUGCGCUCCCAAAAUACGAUGUGUGGGAUGACGAGUUGAUGCCAGUGAGUUAUCAUUUUUCAAUUCAUUUAUCAUCUCUGUGGUAAUUGUUUUUUAAAAAUCCUAAUUUUUAGUACCUGAAACCCGACGCGGAUCCGAUGCAGAACUGUGACAGGUCGUUCAAGCCGCUGACAAAAUUUGAGAAUUCUUCUUGGAGUAUUGUGAAAACGAAUCCAUCUUUGAAGUGUAAAGCUAGGUAUGUCCAAAUUUCCUAGUACAUAAUUUUAAAGUUUUUCACCCGAGACACCAAAUUGUUUGAAACCCAGUGUAAUUUCUUGAAUUUCUUUUUUUCCAGAUGUCACAGCAGACGAUCAGAUCGAAAGAACGAAAUAAGCAAUUGGACGUUCACACCUGGGCCAGUUUACUGUGAAUUCCUGGAAACUGUGUGUUCAGAACAUGACAAAGAUGUUUAUGGCUAUUUACAUUCUCAAGUAAUUCCGCAGUGAGUUGUGUCUAAGAAAAGACUCUUUCCGAGACAUUAUUGAUUUUCUCAGGUCAAAACGACAACCGAAAGUCGAUACGAGCGGUUUGAAACAGUUUGAUGUGUUUGUGAUUCUUCUUGAUUCACUGUCGUAUUCACAGGCAAGAAGGUAGGCGAGAAGAGCAGUUUGUGGAUAUCAAAAAUCUCAUUCUUCCACUUCAAUUUUUCAAUUCACACGUGAUACCUCUUCAUUUCCAAUCCAAACUACUUCAGAUCUCUCCCACGGACGCUAUCAUAUUUCACAAAUCAUAUGGAUGGCGUCUUAUUUCCGUACAUGAAUAAACUCGGAGAUAACAGUCGGCCCAAUGGAAUUCCACUCUGGUUUGGUAAGGUUUUCACUGAUAAUUUCAGAAUAAAUAUGUAUGACGUUAUUCUUCAGGAAAAUCACUGGAAAAAGUAGAUAAAACCCUUUUUGAUGAUGGAGUCACUCCUGCCGAUUGGUCGUUUGGUUAUUUCUGCAAUACCUUCAAGGAUAAUGAGACUUCUCUGUUCAGCGAAUUUCAGGAUUAUGGAUAUAAAGUAAUUUUCAAUAGAAAUGUGAUGAUUACGAACUACUUUUUUUGCAGACGUUGUUAGCAGAAGACUGGGCGGAAGGGACUAUGAAUUGGCCGAGCUGUGUUGGUUUUGACAAGCCUCCCAUAGACCAUUUUAUGAGGUAAUAAUAAAAUUCGAUUUGAUUUUAUUUUGAUCAAACGAAAUCGUUUUUGUUGACAGACCAUUCCAAAAUGCAUACGAGCGCAAGAAUCAAGGCGCGAGUAUCACACAACAGCAUUUGAAGAAGGGACAUUUGUGCAGAGAGACCCAUCACACACUUUUGGAUUACAUGGGACAGUUCACUGAUGCCUAUCCCGGUGAUUUUAUGGGUUGCUCGUCGAAAAUGUAGAUUUUUGUUUCAGAUCAACCCAAAUUCGGCUGGGUUUGGGCUAUUGACUUGGGUCACAACACGGAAAAUGGGUUUGCGCAUGCUGAUAAAGAUUUCCAUAAGUACUUUUUGGACCACAGGAAACAGGUUUGCCAUUCUUAUUUGAAAUAAUUUAAGGACUCAUUCUAUGAAAGAAUUCAAGUACUUUGGUUUUCUUUUCAAUUCUAAAAUUUCAAUGUUUAGUUGGACAACUCCUUCGUGUUCAUUCUCGGAGAUCACGGACUCCGCUUUGGCUCUAUCCGUGAAACUUUCGUCGGAGCCCUCGAUGUGAAUAAUCCAUUCACGGCGGUCUCGAUCCCAAAAUCUCUACGACGAUCUACAAAUAUUUUGGAGAUUAUGGCAGAAAAUGCCAAGAAUAUCCAAAGUCACUAUGACACAAGAGCUACAAUUUUGGAUAUAAUGAAGGUACACUUUGGUCACUCAAAUUUUAAUCCGCACCUCCGCACUUCGAUUAGAAAUCACGCCUCAAAUGUAAAUAAAUUUAUCAUGAUCAUACGGGUUUUUAUCAACUAUGUAUACUUAAACUGUAGUUUGGACUUGGAAUUUCGCUCUGAUUUUUGUCUUAUUCGAUGAGAAUAUUUUGAUAAGAAAUGGGGAUUUAUUAGAAACGUUUUCAGUACCAAGCAGCCAACAACUUCACGGAAACCGAACCAAGACCGAUUCCAGGAGAGAAAGGGCAUUCCUACAUAAGGAAACAGCCAAGUGAGCUGAGAAAUUGCCGGAAUAUGCCGAUUCCAUUGGAGUAUUGCAUUUGUCAAUUCAACAAGACCACUCUUCCGACGUGAGUUCUAUUAUGAAUCAAUUUCUCGCCUGAUUUUUGGCUAUUGAUCAUCGAAAAUAUCAUACAUCAAUCAUUUCCUAUCAGUGACACCAAAUUGGCUCGUUCGAUCGGAGUAUCACUAGCAGACACCGUCAAUACGCAAAUAACCGGCGGAAAUUUCACUGAUAAGUGUGUCCAAAUGGAAUUUGAAAAGGUAAGGGGCCUAUUCGCAAGAAUCAAUUGAAUGAUUGAUGAUUGACAGACGCUAUCUCUCAAAAUGUUCGAUCAUCCAUUCCAUGGCGCCACUUUGUAUGUUGUCUCUGCCGAAAUGAAGGCGCCAAGCAAGGCGCAGUUCAAAGUACGUGUUUUAUUAAUUCACAAAGCAAAUAAAGCUUGUGAUUUUGUGAUAACGAUAGUGCUAUUUCAGGGAAACGUCAAAAUUCUCAAUGGCGAAAUUUUUGUGCUGGGGAUGGUGGAACGAAGCAACCGGUACGGAAAAACAGCGGAUUGCAUCAAGUCGGAGUAUCAUCGACCUUAUUGUCACUGCAAAGAUUAUAAGGAAAAAUCGUAA